CAAGCGCGGGAAAGUUGAACUUCCGAAGAAAAGUUUGUAGAGAUUGAGUGAAAGCGUGGGCGCCGACACGUCUGGGACGGAACCCCAAACUAGGCGCCUCCAUGGCCGGCUCUGAAGAGCUGGGCCUCCGAGAGGACACCCUGAGGGUCCUGGCCGCCUUCCUUAGGCGCGGAGAAGCUGCGGGGUCUCCUGUCCCAGCUCCACCCAGGAGCCCUGCCCAAGAAGAGCCAACAGAUUUCCUGAGCCGCCUUCGAAGAUGCCUCCCAUGUCCCCUGGGGAGAGGAAACCCUGCCCCGGAGUCCUCUCGGCCCUGCUUCCUGCCCCUCCGUCCCUGCUAUGGUUCCGAGCCUGGCCCAGCUACUUCAGACUUCUAUGCCCUGGUUGCCCAGCGUCUGGAACAGUUGGUCCAAGAGCAACUGAGAUCUCCACCCAGCCCAGAGUUCCAGGGACCCCCAUCUACGGAGAAGGAAGCCCUGCUAAGGAGACUGGUAGCCUUGCUGGAGGAGGAGGCAGAAGUCAUCAACCAAAAGCUGGCAUCGGACCCGGCUCUGCACCGUAAACUGGCCCGGCUGUCAGCAGGCUCUUUCGCCCGCCUUGUGGAACUCUUCUCCAGCCGGGAUGGCAGCUCCUCCUCAAGCUGCAUGAGCCCUUCGCUGCCAUGUCCAGCGCCACCACCACCAUCCCCAGAGCCAUUGGCCCGCCUGGCCCUGGCCAUGGAGCUCAGCAGGCGUGUGGCCGGGCUGGGGGGGACCCUGGCCAGCCUCAGCGUGGAACACGUACACAGCUUCAUGCCCUGGAUCCAGGCCCAUGGGGGCUGGGCAGGCAUCUUGGCCAUCUCACCGGUGGACUUGGACUUACCCUUGGACUGAGCACUUCCUGAAACGGCUGCCGGCUGACCUCAGGCUCUGACAACGCACAUUCUCCCCCCGCCGUAUUUUUCUUUUCUUUUUUGCCAAAAAUACUGUUUAGAAAUGUCUCUGCAUUAAA